AUGGAUUUGUUUGGUUUAAAGAAAAAGGAUGAAAAACUUGCCAAGUUUGGAGUCGAAUUAAUUCACGCCUGCAAAGAAGCACCACAACAGUUUGUGACCGUUUUGCAAAAAGUGGAAGCCUACCCCAAAGCCGUGGAUUACAAAGACGAUGAGGGACGGUCGGCUCUGCACUGGGCUUGUAAUCAGUAUGCCAAGCUAGAAAUUGUUCAAUAUCUUGCAACUGCUGCGAAAACAUCGAUGGAUGAACCAGCCAAUAACGGGAUGUAUCCUCUUCAUUAUGCGCUCCGGGAAAAGGCACCAGUUGAUGUGAUUGAAUUCCUCAUUAAGGCCAACCCACAUGCGGCUACCAAAGAGGCUGAUGGUGGAUGGUUCCCUCUCCAUUUCGCUUGCGCCAAAGUUGAUAAUACCAAAAUUGUCAUCUCGCUCCUUCAGGCGCAUCCCAUAGCAAUGAAGAAGGUCACUUCCGAGGAAAAGCGAUUGCCCCUGCACUAUGCUGCAGCUUUUCAAUCUUCAGUGGACGUGGUCGCAAGUCUAGUUCAAUCGGCACCCGAGACCAUUCGGCAAAAUGACAAGCACGAAUGGACUCCAUUGCACAUUGCCGCAGCCUACAGCAACAGUUUGCCAGUCAUUCAAUAUCUGAUCCAAAGUCACAAACCAGGCAUUCAAAGACGAGCCCGAUUCGGCCAGAUGCCCAUUCAUGUUGCCUGUAUCACGAAUCGGCCACGCAAGGUCAUUGAAUUGUUGAUCAAGCAAUGGCCGGUGGGAAUCAAACAGUUGGACGAGAAUCGAAGGCUCCCACUGCACCUGGCCGCCCUUGCUGGUUGUUCGAUUGACGUGAUCAAGUUCUUGAUUCGCGAAUGGCCACAAUCUGCGGCAAGUCUUGGAAAAGACUCUUUUGAGAUUACCCGCUUUGCUCUUCAAAAGCUGAACCCAUCGAGAGACGAGUUUGACGAAUUUUCCAAAUGGGUGGACAAAAAAAUGGAACACCCCCAAAAGCCAGAUGGACUGAACCGGCAUGCUAGCACAGACUCGGCAGCGGCAAAGAAAGACAAGGGGAAUCGCAGACGAAGAGGAAGCAACGAAGGUCGAAGAGAAAAGGAUAGUGCUUCCCCUCGCAUUAACAAGAGUCGAAAAUCUCCAACUCGUCACAAAUCAAUCGAGUCAUCCGGCCAUUCCAAGAAACGAGACCAUAAGAAGCGUGACCCUCGCGACCCUCGUGACACAGAUAGAAAAGGAAGAGGGAGAAGCGAGGGCGAGAUCAGCGAUAGUGAUCACAACAGCAGAAGAAGCAAUAGGAGUGGUGACACUAUGGGAUCAAAUGAGGAUCCUCCGAUUGUACCGAAUGAUGAUCUUCCACAAGAGGUGAUCAACAUGGUUGGCGAAAAUUUGCACCAAGCCUGCGAAUUUCCACAGAGCUUGGAAGAAAUCCAGGCAUUGCUUGAGGGAUGUCCCCAGGCAGCCAAAUGUCCCACUCACAAUGGGAACCUUCCAUUGCACACGGCUUGUCUAAACAAGGCAAAGAAGGAUGUCCUCAAGUAUUUGAUCAAAUUCAACAAGGAUGCUCUUGAGGUAGAGGACGAAGGUGGGAACUUACCAUUGCACAUGGCCUGCUUCUCCAGUUCGUCCAAAGGCAGUGUCCAAGUCUUGGUAGAAUCCUAUUCGGACGCACUGUUGAUUGAGAACAAUGACGGUGACACGGCCGUCACCAAGGCUAAAAAUCCCUUUUACGAAGCACCCAAUCCCGAAAUGAUCGAGUGGUUGGAAAAGGCGACCACGAAAGCCGAGGAGAAGGCAGUAGAAGAAGAGCGCAAACGCGAAGAGGAAGAAGAACGCCAACAGCGUGAAGAGGAAGAAGAACGAUUUCGUAGGAAAGAGGAAGAGCGGAUUCGCCGAGAAGCAGAGGAAGCGGCACGGUUUGAAGAGGAAGAGCAGCGACGCGCCGAACGGGCCCGCCGACAGGCUGCUGCUGCUGUCUCCGAACCCGAUGAUGAUGAUGGCAAGCCGAGGAGUUCCUUCUAUGCCGCUGCCCUUGCCAAAGCGGCAGCCGAGGACGAAUCCUUUUCCAAUCUGAGUGGCAUAAAUGAAGGUUCGGCCAAUCCGUUUGAUGAUACCUUCUACAGUGAAGUGAACAGCUCGUUCUUUGAUGGUGCCGCUGGAAUGGCCGUGGCGGAUUCCGCGACCGCCGCUCGAAUGGUGGAAGAUGCCGCGGCAGGUCGACCCCAGCAUAGUUCGUUUUACGAAGAAGCCCACAAGAUGACGCCUCGUGACUCGACAGCCGAGUAUGAAGCUCUUGCCAAGGCACUCGAAGAGAGUGCAGCAGCUGCUGCGAAGGAGAAGUAG